AUGCUUCCGCGCGCGCUGCGUACGGCAGGUGCUAGUAUUGCGCGCCGCAAUGCGUCGGCGAGCGUUCCUCUCUCGCGCAUGGCCGUGCGUGGCUAUGCUACCGAGAAGAUGGAGAACCCGACGCACUCGGCGACGACCGUCGAAGACCUCCAGGGCCACGAUGCCUCGACGCUCCUCCGUGAGGAGGGUACGUCUCGGGAUGCGAGUCUGCGUCACUUUACCGUCAACUUUGGUCCCCAGCACCCUGCUGCGCACGGUGUGCUGCGUCUGAUUAUGGAGCUGAACGGUGAAGAGAUCCUCCGUGUUGACCCUCACGUCGGCCUGCUCCACCGUGGCACGGAAAAGCUGAUUGAAUACAAGACGUACACGCAGGCGCUGCCGUACUUUGAUCGUCUCGACUACGGUUCGAUGAUGACCAACGAGCUGUGCUUUUCGCGUGCCGUCGAGAAGCUGCUGAACAUCGAGGUCCCCGAGCGUGCCAAGUGGAUCCGUACCCUGUUUGGUGAGCUUACGCGUGUCUCGAACCACUGUAUGGCCGUCUUUUCGCACAUUAUGGACGUCGGUGGUCUCACCCCAUUCGUCUGGGGUCUCGAGGAGCGUGAAAAGAUUAUGGAGUUCUACGAGCGUGUGUCGGGUGCGCGUAUGCACGCCGCCUACAUCCGCCCCGGUGGUGUGACGUAUGACAUCCCCCCGGGUUUGCUCGAGGACAUUUACCACUGGUGCACGCAGUUCUCCGGCCGCAUCGACGAGAUUGAGGAGCUGGUGACCAACAACCGUAUCUGGCAGCAGCGUACGAUUGGCAUCGGCCGUGUCACUGCGCAGGAGGCGCUUGACUACGGUUUCAGUGGCGUGAUGCUCCGUGGCUCGGGUAUCCCCUGGGACGUCCGCAAGAUGCAGCCGUACGAUGCAUACGACCAGUGCGAGUUCGACGUCCCGGUCGGCAAGAACGGCGACUGCUUCGACCGCUACGUGUGCCGUAUGGAAGAGUUCCGCCAGUCGCUGCGCAUCAUCCACCAGUGCCUGAACAAGAUGCCCGCGGGCCAGAUCAAGGUCGACGACCACAAGAUCUCGCCGCCCUCGCGCUCGAUGAUGAAGGACUCGAUGGAGAGUUUGAUUCACCACUUUAAGCUCUUCUCCGAGGGCUACGCGGUUCCCCCCGGCGAGACCUACUCGGCGAUCGAGGCGCCCAAGGGUGAGAUGGGUGUGUACCUCGUCUCGAACGGUACCAACCGCCCCUACCGCUGCUCCAUCUCUGCGCCCGGUUUCCGCCACCUGGCCGGUGCCGACUUUAUGGCGCGCCACCACUACCUGCCCGACAUGGUCGCCAUCAUCGGUACCAUGGACCUGGUGUUCGGUGAGGUCGACAGGUAA